CCUGCCCAGCUCGGUUUCCAUCCGGGUUGCAGGGAGGAGCCUGGCUCGCAGACCCGAGCAUGAUGCCGGCUGCUGGCGCCGGGGACCCCGAGGGCACCGCGGCUCCCGCUGAGGGGAACCCCGGGCUGGGAACGCCCGUGGCACGGGCGGGCCGUCACCCUGCAGCAGCCCAGGACAAGUUCUUCUUCAUCAAAGGUGGAAUUUUUCUAGGUACUGUUGCUACUGCAGGAAUGAUAGCUGGUUUUGGUACAACACUUGCUAUGGCUAAAAAGAAAAACCCCAAUUGGUUCAAUAAGGGUAUUACUGCCACAGCUGCACUACCAGAGAAUGGUUCAUCGCUGGCCUUACGAGCCUUGGGGUGGGGUUCGCUCUAUGCCUGGUGUGGAGUUGGGCUGAUCAGUUUUGCCAUCUGGAAGGCUUUGGGAGUUCACAGUGAGGAAUAUGCACUACAGUCAAAAUCUGUACUCCUGCCAUUCAAGUAAUUUCCCUUCCUCCCCCAAAUCAAAGAAUUUCAUAAUAAAAUGCAAUCAAUAUUUCCAGCAAUUCCUAAAAGUGCAGAGCACUCAGUCGAAUGGGAAGACUUACUGAAAUCCAAAUGAAGGUGCAGAAAGGAUUCAGAAUUGUAUGCUUCAGUGGGAAAGACUGCAGAACUUGUGGGAAAAUCCCAUCUAAAAAAAUAAGAAAGAAAAUCAGACUGAUUUGAAGGCAUGGAAGUGAGCAAAUUAGUGACUGCUGAACAUGGGGACGGCAGUUAUUAUUUUAACCGCAAGAAAACAGUUAUGUUUUUGCUGUUACUUUUUCAGCAUUGUCAUUAGAGUUGAAUUGUGGAGAAAAGAACCUUAUGGGAUACCUUGAAAGAAGAAUAUAAUUGUAUGAGAACGUGUUUCAGUAAAACAAAAAUCAAACAAGAAACUGAUCUUGAGUGGAUAUUUACAAUAAAAUAUAGUUGCAAACUCUUACCCUCUCUUGCUUCUUGGAUAAAAUUCUAGGUUGUUUGGAAAAUAAGGAACAACAGUAAUUUCAUUGACAUUUACCUGUCUUAUUAGGAAUAAAGGAGGCUGAGUCCAUCACAUCAGAUCAGUUAAUCUAGUCUGUAGCAAAGGCAUGUAAUGGGUUACCUCAAUUCCUGAAGCUAGAGGACAUACCUGAACAAUACCUAUGGAGGGAGGGCUGAACACAUCCAACAUACCAAGGAUAUACAGGAAAUACCUAUCUGGUUUUCUCUAUAAAGUGAAGGAUGUUCUCUCUAUAAAAAACAUUUUUUUUGAUCCAUUAUCUAUUUUUUUACUGGGACUCUGUAACAACGGGUCUGAUAACUUGCACAAGAACCUGUCAUGAAAAUGUAGAUGCUAUAAAAGUGUGUGACAUCCAGUCUGCCCUAUACCACAGACACUUCUCAGCUAAGAAGCCAUGUGGGCAGGUAUAGGUUUUAGUAUCUGUGUGGUUCUUAUGGCUCUGCUACCAGGUGAGUCCUAAGUAAUGUGUCAUUUUUCAUGCUGAAAUGAUCUCAUUGUGUGGGUGUAAGCUAAGGAAGAAAAAUGUCUAAUUCAAAUGUAUUUGCAGAACUGUAGAUCUAAAACAGUUGUAAAAAUAUUUUUAAUAUGUAAAUUCUUCCAGUGAAUUUCUCCCCAAUCAGUGAUCAGAUUUCUUUUAUUAAUUGCUCAAGGUCCAAUUAGCCAGCCAUCAGGUUUAAUAAAGUGCUGUUGAAGUGUAA